UAUUGAAAAAAAAUAAUAUUUUAAAAAUAUUAUUUUUGGAAGAAAACAUAUUGAUUAUAUAUAAAUAUAAUAUAUAUGUAUAUUACCUUAUGAAUUGAAAAUAUUUUCUAAUACAAUAUCAUAAUGGAUGAACUGGAGAAGCUAGAGUACCUCUCAUUGGUUUCAAAAGUUUGUACAGAAUUAGAAAAUCAUUUAGGUUUGAAUGACAAAGAUGUUGCUGAAUUCGUGAUACAUUUAUCAGAGCAACAUGAUACAUUCCCUACUUUCAAAAAAGCCCUUACUGAGAUUGAAGCUGAGAUGUCGGAUUCUCUUAUUAAGAAUCUUCUUCGAAUAAUUCAACAUAUGAGACCUAAAAAAAACAAAUCAUCAGAGCCUGCUUCUUUUCAAGAAAAAAAAGAGUUAGCUGAAAAAUUUCCAGGCUUGGCUAUACCUAAUACUGAUCCUAUUGAACCUGAAAAAUAUGAGGAAAUUCAAAAUAAUUCUAUAUCUCACUCAAAAAAUAAAGAGGAUGAAAAUGUUGUUGCUGAUCUCAUGGCUUUAUUUGAGGCAGAUGCUCCAUCUCAUAAAAAAGAUGAAGAUGUUAGGGAUAAAGAGGAAAAAACAGUUGAUUCAGAAAUAAGACACAGAGACUCUAAAAGAAAGAGAUCUAGGUCUAGGAAUAAAAGAUCAAGAUCUAGAGAUAAACGAAGAAGAUCGAGAUCCAGGGAAAGACGAUCUAGAUCAAGAGGUAGAAGGUCAAGAUCUAGAGGAAGAAGAUCAAGAUCUAGAGGCAGAAGAUCAAAAUCUAAAGAUAGGAGAUCUAGAUCCAGAGGAAGAGAUAUAACCAAAAACAGAAGUAGAGAUUCUAGAAGCAGAUCUAGAGGAAGAAAACAAAAGGGACGAUAUAGAAGUGCAUCUAAAGAAGAAAGAUAUAGUAAAAAUGUAGAUAACAAGAGGAAUAAAGAUAGUUUGGAAUUAGAUGAUGAUCCUGUACCUGGGAAGAUUUAUAAUGGUAAAGUAGCCAAUAUCGUUAAGUUUGGUUGUUUUGUUCAAUUAGAAGGUUUGAGGAAGAGAUGGGAAGGCUUAGUACAUAUUUCACAAUUAAGAGCACAAGGUAGAGUCACAGAAGUUUCAGAAGUUGUUUCAAGAGGAAUGAAAAUUAAGGUGAAAGUACUAUCUUUAAAUGGGCAAAAAGUAUCUCUGUCAAUGAAAGAGGUGGACCAAACAACUGGAGAAGAUAUGAAUCCAACUUCUCAUAAACAAGUAGAACAAGUGGAUCGAGAUAGAAAUCCAGAUAGACCAAUGAACAAUAGCACAUCUGUUCUUAGACUGCCUGUGGGAAUCGAUGAUGGAGAGGAAGAUUCUAGAAAACGUGUUACAAGAAUUUCAAGUCCAGAGCGUUGGGAAAUAAAACAGAUGAUAUCUUCUGGAUGUAUAGAUAAGAGUGAGCUACCCGAAUUUGAUGAAGAAACAGGAUUACUGCCUAGAGAAGAAGAAGACGGAGAAGCAGAUAUUGAAAUUGAAUUGGUUGAAGAUGAGGCGCCUUUCCUCCAAGGCCAUGGCAGAGCUUUGCACGACCUGAGCCCAGUAAAAAUCGUUAAAAAUCCUGAUGGUUCCCUUGCACAAGCAGCAAUGAUGCAAUCCGCUUUAGCUAAGGAAAGAAGAGAACAGAAAAUGUUGCAGAGAGAACAAGAAACCGACUCGCAAUCUUCUGUCAAAGGAAAAAAUUGGAUUGAUCCAUUACCUUCAGAUGCAUCUGAAUCUCAAGAAAUAAGGGGAAUUGGGUUGCAGUCACAGGACUUACCAGAAUGGAAAAAACAUGUUAUUGGAGGCAAGAAAUCUUCGUUUGGAAGGAAAACAAAUUUGAGUAUUAUCCAACAGAGGGAAUCUUUACCUAUUUAUAAGUUGAAGGAUGAACUUCGUAAAGCUGUGCACGAUAAUCAAAUUCUAAUUGUUAUUGGAGAAACAGGUUCGGGAAAAACUACCCAAAUCACCCAAUAUUUAGCUGAGGCAGGAUUCACAGCAAGAGGAAAAAUUGGGUGUACACAACCUCGUCGAGUUGCAGCAAUGUCUGUCGCUAAAAGAGUAUCAGAAGAAUUUGGGUGUAGGCUAGGACAAGAAGUUGGUUAUACAAUACGUUUCGAAGACUGUACAAGUCCGGAAACGCUUAUAAAGUACAUGACAGACGGAAUGUUGUUACGAGAGUGCUUGAUGGAUCUUGACCUGAAAAGCUACUCUGUAAUUAUGUUAGACGAAGCUCACGAAAGGACAAUUCACACAGAUGUUUUAUUUGGUCUACUGAAACAAGCAGUUACUAAAAGGCCUGAAUUAAAACUUAUUGUUACAUCCGCAACCCUAGAUGCUGUUAAAUUUUCCCAAUAUUUCUUCGAAGCACCUAUUUUCACAAUACCUGGAAGGACUUUCCCUGUGGAAGUCCUCUAUACUAAAGAACCGGAGACCGACUACCUGGACGCCAGUCUGAUGACAGUUAUGCAAAUUCAUUUAAGAGAACCGCCUGGUGAUAUUUUGUUAUUUUUAACUGGUCAAGAGGAAAUCGAUACAGCUUGUGAAAUCCUUUAUGAAAGGAUGAAAACUUUAGGACUUGACGUUCCGGAACUGAUCAUUCUCCCUGUGUAUUCUGCUUUACCAUCUGAAAUGCAGACAAGAAUUUUUGAGCCGGCACCUCCGGGUAGUAGAAAAGUUGUAAUUGCCACCAAUAUUGCUGAAACAUCUUUGACUAUUGAUGGUAUUUUUUAUGUUGUUGAUCCGGGAUUUGUUAAACAAAAAGUUUACAAUUCCAAGACAGGAAUGGAUUCUUUAGUUGUGACACCUAUAUCACAGGCUCAAGCUAAACAAAGAGCUGGGAGAGCUGGAAGAACUGGACCAGGUAAAUGUUACCGUCUAUAUACAGAGAGGGCAUAUCGAGAUGAAAUGUUGCCAACUCCGGUACCCGAAAUACAAAGAACAAAUUUAGCCACAACUGUGUUACAACUGAAAACAAUGGGAAUCAAUGAUCUUUUAAAUUUUGACUUCAUGGACGCUCCACCUGUCGAAUCUUUAAUAAUGGCCUUAGAGCAGCUGCACUCCUUGUCAGCAUUGGAUGAUGAGGGUUUGUUAACAAGACUUGGAAGAAGAAUGGCAGAAUUUCCCUUGGAGCCAAAUCUUUCCAAGAUGCUUAUAAUGUCGGUAGCUCUUCAAUGUUCUGAUGAAAUUUUGACAAUUGUGAGUAUGCUUUCGGUCCAGAAUGUUUUCUAUCGGCCAAAAGACAAACAAGCUUUGGCGGACCAGAAGAAAGCCAAGUUUAAUCAACCCGAGGGGGAUCACAUGACCUUAUUAGCAGUGUAUAAUAGUUGGAAGAACAACAAAUUUUCCAACACCUGGUGUUACGAUAAUUUCGUACAACAGAGAACUUUGAAAAGGGCACAAGAUGUCAGGAAGCAAUUGUUGGGCAUUAUGGACAGGCAUAGGUUAGAUGUAGUUUCUGCCGAGAAGAAUACAGUACGAGUGCAAAAAGCUGUUUGUUCAGGUUUUUUCCGAAAUGCAGCUAAGAAAGAUCCUCAAGAAGGCUAUAGAACUCUUGUAGACAGCCAGGUGGUAUAUAUUCAUCCCUCUAGUGCAUUAUUCAAUCGUCAACCUGAAUGGGUGAUAUACCAUGAACUCGUUCAGACAACAAAGGAAUACAUGAGAGAAGUAACCACGAUAGAUCCAAAAUGGCUUGUAGAAUUUGCUCCUGCUUUCUUCAAAUUCUCAGACCCAACUAAACUCAGCAAAUUCAAGAAAAAUCAACGUCUGGAACCAUUGUAUAAUAAAUAUGAAGAACCAAAUUCAUGGCGAAUAUCUAGAGUGAGACGCAGAAGAAACUAAGAUAUUCACGACUCCAUUUGAUUUGUAUAUUGUUAAAUAUUUUUACAUUUGUAAAAGCAUUAAAGUAAUAAAGGCCUCGGUGCCAGUUUUGUACAACUGUUUCGAGGUCUGAAAUAAAUUAUUGAAAAAAAAUAAAUAAAAAGAAAAAAGAAGUAUAAUAAUAAUAAUAACUAGUUAUCAGAGGGCAAUCGACCGAGGUCCAUCAGCCCAGAAAUAUAUUUUCAUCAAUUAAUUUUUUAAUAUCAUAACAUUUCUUUAAGAAUUUCCAAAAUGUUCAUCUUUCCAUAUUAAUUAAAAGUAUAAUCAUGUAUAUAUGUAUAUUUUGUUCCUCAAUAUAAGACUGAAAUUUU